GGCAGCCGCCUGCCGCCGAGCCCCGAGCGCCGCUGCUCGCGGAAGCGCCUUCGGCCGGGAGCUGCGGCCGCCGCCACCAGUUUUCAUGUUUGGGAUUCAGGAGAAUAUUCCGCGCGGGGGGACGACCAUGAAGGAGGAGCCGCUGGGCAGCGGCAUGAACCCGGUGCGCUCGUGGAUGCACACGGCGGGGGUGGUGGACGCCAACACGGCCGCCCAGAGCGGCGUGGGGCUGGCGCGGGCGCACUUCGAGAAGCAGCCGCCUUCCAACCUCCGGAAAUCCAAUUUCUUCCACUUCGUGCUGGCGCUCUACGACAGGCAGGGGCAGCCGGUGGAGAUUGAAAGGACCGCUUUUGUGGACUUUGUGGAGAAAGAGAAAGAGCCCAACAACGAGAAAACCAACAACGGCAUCCACUAUAAACUCCAGUUGCUGUACAGCAACGGAGUCAGAACGGAGCAGGAUCUGUAUGUUCGCCUCAUAGAUUCAAUGACCAAACAGGCCAUCGUCUACGAGGGCCAGGACAAGAACCCGGAGAUGUGCCGCGUGCUGCUGACCCACGAGAUCAUGUGCAGCCGGUGCUGUGACAAGAAAAGCUGUGGCAAUAGAAACGAAACACCCUCAGACCCUGUGAUCAUUGACAGAUUCUUUCUAAAGUUUUUCCUCAAGUGCAAUCAGAACUGUUUGAAGAAUGCAGGCAACCCUCGGGACAUGCGAAGAUUCCAGGUUGUCGUGUCGACCACGGUCAACGUGGACGGCCACGUGCUGGCCGUGUCUGACAACAUGUUUGUGCACAACAACUCCAAACACGGGCGGCGGGCCCGCCGCCUGGACCCGUCAGAAGGUACGGCCCCUUCUUAUCUGGAAAAUGCCACUCCGUGCAUCAAGGCCAUCAGUCCCAGUGAAGGCUGGACCACGGGCGGAGCGACCGUGAUCAUCAUCGGAGACAACUUCUUUGAUGGGCUCCAAGUUGUGUUUGGGACCAUGUUGGUAUGGAGCGAGCUGAUCACUCCCCACGCCAUCCGAGUCCAGACCCCACCGAGGCACAUUCCUGGAGUCGUCGAAGUCACCCUGUCCUACAAAUCCAAGCAGUUCUGUAAAGGUGCUCCUGGGCGGUUUGUCUACACUGCCCUUAAUGAACCAACCAUAGAUUACGGCUUUCAGAGGUUGCAGAAAGUGAUCCCAAGACAUCCGGGUGAUCCCGAAAGGUUACCCAAGGAAGUGUUACUUAAGAGGGCGGCCGACCUCGUGGAAGCCUUAUACGGGAUGCCCCAUAACAACCAGGAGAUCAUCCUGAAGCGAGCGGCUGACAUCGCCGAGGCGUUGUACAGCGUCCCUCGCAGUCACAACCAGAUCCCCUCCCUGGGCAACACCCCUGCGCACACGGGCAUGAUGGGUGUGAACUCCUUCAGCAGCCAGCUAGCCGUCAACGUGUCAGAGACGUCACAAGCCAACGACCAAGUCGGCUACAGUCGCAAUACAAGCAGCGUGUCCCCGCGAGGAUACGUCCCCAGCAGUACUCCCCAGCAGUCCAAUUACAACACAGUCAGCACUAGCAUGAAUGGAUAUGGAAGUGGCGCCAUGGCCAAUCUAGGGGUCCCGGGCUCGCCUGGAUUUCUUAAUGGCUCCUCCGCUAACUCUCCCUACGGCAUAGUGCCGUCCAGCCCUACCAUGGCAGCCUCUUCGGUCACCCUCCCUUCAAACUGUAGCAGUACACACGGCAUUUUCUCAUUCUCACCUGCCAAUGUCAUCUCUGCAGUGAAACAAAAGAGCGCCUUCGCGCCCGUGGUCCGGCCCCAAGCUUCCCCUCCUCCUUCCUGCACCAGCGCCAACGGGAACGGACUGCAAGGCUCUCUGCUGGGUGCUGAGGACGCUACCGUGGAGAAGACAAACUGGCCCUUUUGUGAAGUCGGUGGCAUAUUUCACUUUGAUGAACUAAUGCUCAAAAAAGGAACUGGAAAGCUAUGUCUGGGCUGGUAGUCCCACCAAUGUGAGGGGCGCUUGUUACCUCCCGCCGCGGCCAGCAUCCAAGGCUGGACUUCAGGGGACACGUUAGUGCGUAAGAGGUGCUGAUGGAGACCGUGUCUUCAGCACAUCAGCAGCGGCUGAGAUGCCACAAAAGACUUUGCUUAAAGAUUUUAUUUAAACUAUUAAGAAUCAACACACAAACGACGUACUUCUUCAUGAACAAUUCCAUUUUAUUGACUGAACUUUUCUCAUAUUUUCACAUUUCUCAGUCCUGAAGAAUAAGGAGAACAAAGCGAUGCCUAUUUUGUAUAAAGUUUCUGACUCCGUCUUGGCUAUGUCUAGUACUUGCUAUGUGUUGGGAGAAACUUUGUGAAUGCACCAUUUUGAUGAUCAUGAAACACUGAUGAAAAACGCCUCCAAACAUUUUUCUGUACUCAUACUUAGAUUCACAAUGGUUGUGUAUCUCUAUAAUGUGAAAUAUUUUUUUGUGGUGACAAAAGGGGGCCAAGGAGGUCUGAGCCAUCAAACUGGAAGAAAGGAAGACUAUAUGAUUAGGAGAAUUGGGGUGGCAGGGGGGGGAGGGAGGGUUUAUCGUUGCUUAACUUCAUCUUAAUGAAACGAAACUUUGUAACUUAUUGUAGUUAGAAAUUGUAACUUUGAUAUUGAAUUCUCUUGCCUUCAACAAGCACACUGACAGAGGAAAAAAAAAAUGCUACUGUCUGUUGGUUAAAAUAUUCUCCCACUGCUAGAGCUUCCUGUUAAGCAAGUGUGAUCUGCGACAUUUUUUUCAACUUUUGCUAGCACUGUAUACUAUUGCAUUCUUAGGCUACUGUGAGGUCCAUGUUUCUUGUACCAGAAAUUGUCCUUUUGACUUCUAGAUCCUUCUUCCCUGAUGUGUUUUGUAUGUGGUUAUAAAAUUGUAGACUUUUGUGAUUUUGCCAA